AUCACUGCUAAAAAAAAAAUACAAAUGUCAGGUCAAGUUACGUACGCAUGUAACUGUCUUAAUGUAAAAUUACAUCUUGCCAAUAAAUAUGAUUUGGACAGUCACCAGGUAGACAGGAGCACUACUUAUGAUCCAAUGGUAUCUGGCUGGCACUUUCAAUUAGGUAUAUCAGGAGUCAUGGUGGAAUAUCCAAGCCUCGUUUCUCAAAGACAUGAAUCCGACCGUGUCAUUAUGAGCUGUCUUAAUUGUGAUUCGGGCGAUAUAUACUCUGUCAAAAAACCUAUUGACAGCCAACAAACGGAUGACAAAGUCACGAUUUAUAAAGGAACCAUUUUUGGUAGAGAUAUUCUAAAAUUGCAGCACGGAACUGAUUAUUCCGAAGCAUUCCGUGUUGUCUUGAAUCCAAAUUUAACAACCAGUCAUGUAUCACUAGAGAAAGCAGACACCACUCUCAGUUUGGCAUUGCGGACUCAACAAAAGAAAAUUAAACAGGUGCUGAAAAGUACACUGGAUGACUUGAAAGAGGCCACCGAUAAAAGAAUUCAAGCGUACAGAAAAGAGCAAGAGUUGCUUCUGGCCCGAGAGAAGGAGAAGAUUAGGUACGAAAGCGCUACACUCUGGCAAACCAUCAAGGAGAACAGUCAGUCAAAACAAAAAGAGGUGGAUCCUGAUCAGCUUAAUUUCAAUGGCAUGUCCAUGACCGAUUCCCGUCCUGCCUUCCAACUGCACAGCACUGAAACGCAUAUUCAUGAUCCUGUCUUUGACAAGGAUUAUAUUCAGCAAAGAAGAAGAUCUUCUGUGUUCACCCGAGAUUUAUUUGGGGAAUCCAAGCCUCAUUGGGCCUAUCAUCGAAGGACAAGUCAUGUACCGGACGAAAGUUGGGCUCCUCAUAGUCUAGGGAAAGAUGCAUCGGAUGAGUUGCCUCCGUUUCAAAGACGAUCAUCCUUUAUUCCUCAACAACAUUUGCACCCACUUGCUGCUGCAUCAACGCACAAGGAAGAGAUAAACAUGACAUUGCGGGAAGGAGAAACGCAUGGAGAAGAUAUGUUUGCAUUGGAUGAAGAUAUAGCUCAUCCACCUCGAAAGAAGUCUUUUAAAUAUCUCGAUCUAUUUGACGAGGAAAAUGAAUUGAACGCAAGUCAAUUUACAGCAAAUGACCCUUCUUCUUCUUCUCCUCCUGCGGCAUCAUCAGUCAAGGAUGAAAUAAGUCAAAACAGACAUGUACAUCCCUCGUCUUGUUUGAUAGAUUCUACAUAUUUUAAAGAAAGACGUCCCUCAUUUGUUGGGUUCGAUUAUGCACAAGUGGAUAGAGAAACAUCAUCUCAACUUCCGCCAUUGGAUAUGACAAGGAGGAAAUCUAGUGUUACUGUCACAUCGAAUCAUGUAACAUCAAAUAACGAUAAGCCAAAUACCCAUAACAACGAUGAUGAUAGGAAAGAUGAGGGUCCCAUGAUUCCUCCUCAUUUAUUUGCAGCAAAUACAGUUACAGAUGAAACGGAAGCCAUAUUUGGAUCCGUACCGCGCAAUAGUAUUAGAAAUAGGCCUAUAGACUAAUACAUGUAUAUAAUAAAAAUAAUAAUAAUAAUAAA